AUGAAUAGAAAUUAUUUUUUAUUAAUAUUGUUUGUAUCAUUAUUUGUAUCAUUAGUUCAAGGUCAAUAUAAAUUCAAUGACAAUGGACAUUAUUAUGAUUUUAUACCGGCUGCUGCCAACUCAAUCAGUGAUUGUUUACAAAAAAUUUCCAAAAUGAAAACAGUUGGAAAUGCUCUACCAUAUCUUGGUACUAUUACAAGUAUUGAAGAAUUGGCUUUUGUAAAUCAAUAUCUACCCCAAUAUGGUAAUGCACUUAUUUCCGGUUCUCGUAUGGACAAGUGGGACCAAUGGCGUUAUCUGUCCGGUCCAGAAGUAAACCAAACACUAUUCACUCAAUCCUCUGGACAAUAUAAUUACUUUUCAUUCUGGACCACUCAAUAUCCAACUGAUAGUCCAACUGAAAAUUUUCUUUAUUUUAGCAAAAAUGAAAUGACACUAAGAAAUACACAAUUUGUACCAACUGCUAAUUAUUGGUACUAUUUAGUUGAAUGGUCGGAUCCAAAAGAACCGUAUGUACCACCUGUCGACACUCAAGGUGCUCAAGUCACAAUGAGUUAUCUCGAUAACUUUGUUGUCGAUUUUGUAAAUAUCACAUUGAUACCGAAUGGAAUGCUCCCAGUCAAUUUGACUGUCAUUUCAAGAGACGCCCACUACAAGAGAGUCGUUUUCCAAAUGCCACCAUUGAUGGGAACCGGUCUUAAUUUUAUUAUUGUCGACGAUGCACCUGCUGCUUUAUCAGUUUAUCCAACAUUCCAACUCAAUACAUUACUUACGAUUGUUGGUGAUAACUUUGGUGUUGAUAAAUCAAUUAUCAAAGUUACAACCGGUUUGCUUUCAAACCCAUGUACCUAUGUCAAGAUCAUUGAAGAUCACAAAGUUAUUAGCUGUGUUGUCACUCAUUAUGUUACCAACUUGGUUUUCCUUUAUCCAAUUGCAAUUCAAGUUGGUACUUCACCAAAUGUUAUCUCUACAAAGAUUCCAUUCUAUGAUCCUGAAAAUAUAAAGAUGCUUAAAUUUUCACCUUCAAUUAGUACUUCUCAGAAUGUUUUAAAUUCAAUUAUCGAUGCUCAAGCCAAUUACCUAUUGGAUGGAAAUACUGCUUACUCUGGUCUCAUUGAUUCCGCCAAACAACAGUCACUCAUUGCUUCUGUCUUUGGAUUCGGUAGCUUCGGUACUGUCUUCCUCGGUACCAUCGGUCUUGGCAAUGGAAUGGUAAGAGUUAGAAACGGAGGUGGUCCAUAUGACGGUCAGAUUUGUGUAGACAACAACCGUUGUCUUCCAAACAUGCUCUACUGUACCAGUAAUUUCACUGGUGGUUUACUACUGAACCAAGGUACCAUGUACAAUGGCAUCUACCAGGCUGUCACCGACAACUCUGCCAUUAGUGGAUCUUACAUCCAGUUUGGAGGUCGUCCAGUUAUUCAACCGCAAACCUUCUUGAUAGACGCCGGCGGUGGAAUGGUGAUUGUACCGCUCUCAAGUGGCAGCGUUGGAUUCAAGUAUACCAAGAGAUCGUACACCAUCAAUGGAAUCCCACAGAACGCAACAAUCGCUGUACUCGACUCGCGUACUCUCGGUCUGCCCAUUCCACCAGGUGUCUUAACCACUUUCAAUGUCACCGUUACCAUCGAAGGUUACACCUUCAACAAUAUCUCUGUUGAAUACACUCCACCCACCAUUGUCUCUGUGAAGCCAAUCUCCACUCUCGGUGGUCCAAUCACUGUCUACGGUUUCAGUUUCGGUGCUGACGAGUCUGCUAUCCACGUGACGCUCGACGACAAAGAGUGUGCAAAUCCACGUCUUCUCGUGGAGAAUACCGUUCUCUCUUGUGUCCUCCCUCCAGGUGUCGGUGCUAAUCAUCUGCUCGUUGUCAACGCCGGUAACUCGUCGUCCAACGCCACAUUCUCCUAUUUGCCACCCUCGAUUGAAGAUGUCCAACAACAGGAUACUCUCCUUACCAUCGUCGGUCGUAGUAUGGGUACCACCCAAUUCAUUCCAACCGUCUACGUUCCAUACAAUUCAACUCCAUCGAUGACACUGACCGAUCCCCAAAUCCUAACUACAACCGUACCGGUCUAUGCACAGAACGGUCGUGUCGUUGUUUCGGUCGGUGGACAAAGUGGAUCGUACCCAUUCACCUACCAGCCUUUCUUGGAGUCAAUUACACCGGCAAUGCUUCCAACCACUGAGGGUGGUCCAGUACUUCUCAAAGGUCGUUUCCUCACUCAGUAUCGUACCGAUAACACUCAGACCAGUUGCAGUAUCGCUAUUGGUGGACGUCAAUGUCUCUCACCGCAAUUCUCAUACGACACCAACUACACCUAUAUCCACUGUGUUGCCACUGCAGGUACUGGUGUCAGUUCGAAUGUCAUAGUAACAAUCGACGGUAGAGCUAGUAACACUUUACAACUCGGAUAUCCAGCUCCAACCAUCUCCUCUUACACACAAAACAGAAACACUCUCACUAUCUUUGGUGCCAACUUUGGUCCGGACACUGGAAAGGUACGUUUGGAAAUCAAUGGUAAUCUCUUCUUGGUUACUUCACUCGCUACCAAUCCAUCGAGAAUAUUUGCAACACUCCCAACCAGUCUUACCAACGGUUACAUCAAGGUGAUUGUCGACAGUCAAUAUUCCAACAUUGUUCCACUCUCUCUCGUUCCAGUCAUCGAUACAAUCUCUCAGGCAUCGAUCUUUGGUGGACCAGUAUUAAUCAACGGUCUAUUCUUCAAUAUCAACGAUUCCAACUCCAAUCCACAAACACUGAGUGUCACAAUCGGUGGUACUGUUUGCGCCAAUCCUCAAAUUCAAAAAGUUAAUCUUCAAGUCGUUUGUAAUGUUGUUGCUGGUACCGGUAUUAAAGACUUUGUCUUUAAACUUGGUAACAGUACAAUCAACCAAUUCUACAAUUAUAUUCCACCCGUAAUUGCAUCGACUGCUUUCAAUCCAUUGAAUGAAACACUCACCGUCAUCGGUACCAACAUUGGAUUCCAACUAGAUAUGAUGUCACUCUAUAUCGCUGCUGGAGAGCCAACCGACACCGCUAUUCUUCUACCAUACAACUCCUACGGCGAUAAACAAGUGCAAAAAGUACAAUUCAUCAUCCCCGAGGACAGUUACAACAGUAACAUCUACUUGAUUCUUGACGGUCUCAAAUCGAAUGUUCUCUACCAAAAGAUUCAACCAGCGAUCACCAGUGUCGUUAGUAAUAUUCCAACAUCGGGUGGAUUGAUCACAGUCUACGGUAAUCACUUUAGAAAUGUUAAACAAGGUGGUAGCUUUGUCAAUUCCUACAUUUGGUAUGGUGGUUAUAUCUGUCAACUCCAAACAUUCGAUCUUCACAAUCUAACUUGUUUGAUGGGUCCUGGAACUGGAACAACUAACACACUCACCUAUGUCAGCGAUGACUUGGCAUCCAACUACGUUGCCUACACCUAUCAACCACCAACUGUAUCAGCAGUCACCCAAUCAUCAUCGACAGUCCAAGUCAACGGUACCAAUUUCGGUGUAUCACGUCUUACCGCCUCUGUUUUGUUCAACAACCUCACUUCCUCGCCAUCCGCUGUCUCCCACAAUCAAACCACAACUUCAAUCCCAUGGAAUUCACUCAAUGGUAAUCUAUCAGUAUUGGUAUCCGGUCAGCUAUCAAACAACUACUCCUACAAGUUGACACCUGUCAUCCAAGGUGUUUCCUCGGUUGAUAGAACUGGAGGUGUCUUGACUAUCUACGGACUGUUCUUGAAUGACAUUCGUUACGAUGGUUUGACAACCAAUCCAACAGUUCUCUUCCCCAACGAAGAACAAUGUGCCAGCGUUCAAAUGCUACCAAGCGAUCCAAUUGCCAAGCAGACUCGUAUGACUUGCAUUGCUCCAGCAUCGAAAGGAACCAACACCAUUGACAUUCCCGUUGUUAUCACCAUCGAUGGUGUAUCGGUCACCACUUUGUUCACCUACGGAUCACCUCUCAUCAACAGAGUCGAUGUCUCAGUUGACAACACCAUCACCAUUACCGGUGACCAAUUUGGAACGAAUGCAUCGUUGAUCACCGUUGUAUUUGGUGGUAAUAACAUCACCACUCUACUCUCAAUCGCCAACGAUCAAAUCACAUUCAAAGCACCGUUGACCGCAAUGAAUGACUACCUCUAUGUCGUCUCCAAUCGUAACGGUAAACAAUCGACUCAAUUCUAUGUCCAACUCUAUCCAAUCAUCACCUCGGUAACACAAUCCCUCACAGAAGGUGGACGUGUCACAAUUUACGGUUCCUACUUGAAUCCAUUGAAACUCGGUAAUCUCUACACCAGCUUCACAGUUACCUUUAACAAGACCAUAAGCUCUGCGAUCUUGUACACCAACCCAGGCAAUACUACUCUGGUGAUUGUCACCUCACCACCCGGCACCGGUCUCAACUACCCAGUCACCGUUAACAUCGAAGGUUUGAAAGCAUCGAUCAACACAUUCGGUUACCAACCACCAGUGAUCCAAUCGACCACCCAAAAAGGUCAACAACUCACAUUCAUCGGUAAUAACUUUGGUAGCGAUAUCGCCAAGGUGACAUUACUCCCAUCGUUCACCAUCGCCAGUGUCAGUGACCAUGCUCUCACAGUCAACAUCCCAUCGUCUGCUCAAAACGGUCCAUUCUCUGUUUCAGUAGAUAGCCAACUCUCCCCAACUUUCGACGCCAAACUAACACCAAUCAUCACAUCCAUCAUCUCAGUACCAAUUACAGGUGGUGAUAUUACCAUAAAUGGAUAUUAUUUCAAUACAAGACGUGCUGAUGGUACUGCAACACCAAUCUCUGUCAAUAUCAAUACUACUGUUUGUGUAUUUAAAUCGACUAUUUCCAAUGUCGGUGUUAUUUGUACUUUACCAGCUGCCAACAUCCUCAACAAACAAUUGAAUGUUACCAUCGAUGGUAAAGUAGCAUCUGCCGUUUAUUCAUCGAAUGGUCCAACCGCCACUGGAAUGAUCAAGAGUACUCUUUUCAAUGUGCCUGCUAUCAUUACAAUGGCCGGUACCAAUUUCUACGAUCCACUAUCAGUGUAUAUUGCCGAUGUUGAAUGUACCAACGUCAUUGUAAUGGAUUCGCAAUCGUUGAAGUGCGAUUUCGAUGCCACCGUUCAACCAUCGAUCUCGCUCUUGCCAGUGUCGAUCUUCUCCUCGAAUAUCAAAACAACCGCCAAUAUCUUUGCCUACGACGAUAUCAGUUGUCAGAACAACUGUACCAACAACGGUCGUUGUUUCAACGGUCAGUGCAGCUGUAACAUCGGAUUCGGUGGUGCACUCUGUCACACCGCAGUCAACCUCACCGUGCCGCUCCCAGAAGUAAACUCAACCUCUGGUGUCUUUACCAUCGACCAAGAUGUAUUCACAGCGGGACUUGCAUUCAUUCGUGAAGUUACGGUUGGUUUCGUCACCGUGCGUACCAUCCCAACUGACACUCUCAGCUUUACCGUCGUCUCAACUCAAGAGGUCGGUGACUACAUCCUUCAGAAAUCGAUUGGUGUUGAAGUCAAUCCAAAUCCAAACUCGCGAUUCUCCAUUGAAAUCGAUACCUACACUCUCAAGUAUGGAAGAGUAUUCGAGUUUGCAGGUGAGAGAAUCUCUGUCGAUACUCAUUCCUUCAAACAGAAUGUAAAAGUUAAUAACUGGCGUUUCGAUAGUCUCCAAAAUACUCUGCAGUUGAUCUACCUUGCCGAUGCACCCGCAUCCGUCAACCUAGAGAAUUGUAACGAAGCAAGUGUCUCCAACCUAACACUGUUCAAUUCACUCGAUGGACAACAACGUUUGCUAUCAUUCGACAUUGAAAAUAAGCUCGGUAUCUUUACUGGUAGAUUCUCAACCCGUUUGAUUAAAGAUGGUUACUUGUCAGUGUUGUCAGUGACAGCUAUCGAGUUGUCCGAUCCAAUUUGGCCAUCGAAGGACGGACAUCUCAAGACUUUGGUUGCAGUCAACAUCCCAGUGUUUGAAUCGUACGCACAAUUCGAUCCAUCUUUCUCUGCCUAUCGUAUCAAUGGAACUAAUAAAUGUACUCCACCUUCCACACCUACACCCGUGCCUACCAUCACAACCGCAACUGCUACAGCGACUGCUACUUCAACCGCUACUUCAACCGCAACAACUGGAGAUGCAACAACUGCAACUACUUCCACUCCAACCACCACUCAAACAACUUCCACCCCAACCUCGUCAAAUCCAACUUCCACCCCAACCACCACUCAAACAACAACUGCAACCACCACUGAAACUACUUCAACUACCAAUGGACAAGUAGACGGUCCAACCACUUCUACUAUCACAGGAUCAUCUAUUCCAACUAUUACAACAUCUACUACAGGUACAACCGGUCCAUAUAAAUCAUGUCCAGGUCAUCCAGUAUGUGGUGGUCACGGUCUUUGUAACUCUACAACUCUGUUGUGUCAAUGUCAUCCAGGAUAUAGCGGCGCUGAUUGUGGUGGUACCUACGUUCCACCAACCACUCCAAUUAUCCCAGACCCAGAGAAACCAUCCACCAAUCAAACCAAUGACCAAACCAACUCGGAAAUCAAGAUCGAUAUUGUCUCGCUUCGUGAGUUGACCUAUGGAGAUGCCUUGGUCAAGGAAUACCCAUUGGGCAACUGGACAAUGACUCAAACCAAUCUGACAACCUCUAGACGUCUCGUCUACAAGACAACAGUUGUUGGCACCACCGUUUUGAGUAUCAUCAUCGAUACAUUCAAUGCCACCACCACAGUGGAGUUUGCCGGUCAAAUCUCAACGAUGGCACCGGGCGCCAUCAAAUACUCUGCCUCGAUCUCCAAAUAUAAUUUCGCAGCACUCUACAAUAAGCUGGAAUUGGUAUUCUCAGCGACUCUUGGUGAUACCAAAGAGAGCAAAGACACAUGUUCCUACACCUCGUACGAAUACGACGAGAACAACUCACUCCGUUCGAUCUCACUGCAAAUCAAUGGACAAACACUCUACGGACGUUUCCAAAACAGUGUAAUUCUCGAUGGCAAAACUUUCGCUACCACCUCGAGAGUUCUCGAAUCCAACGAUACUUCGACAUCGACCAAAGCCAAGGCAUUGGUAGGAAUGAUCAUCGCGCCGACCAACUACGAGAGAUCUGCAGAGAUCGAUCCGGAUUUCUCGCUACUUCUCACCGGUAAUGCCAAAGACAAAUCAGGCAGUAUCUGUAAUUCAUCAAAGAAGAAACUCUCGACCAGCCAAAUCGUUGGUAUUGCUAUUGGUGCCGCAGCCGCAGCUGCUGUCGUCGGUACCAUCGUAGGUUACACAAUCCACAAGAAAAGAAAAGAAAACCAAGAAAAUAAAUCCAUAUCAUCUAAAAUGAGUGGAUUAAAUAAAUAA